UGUUGUGCGACGCCGUUCAUCAUAGUUAUUUUGAUCCUCGCUAAGAGUGACCGUUGUGUAGUGAACGAAGAAUGCAGAAUCAGGAAUCGCAGUUGCCGCACAUGCCAGUGCCACCGCCAAAGAUGCCGGCUUCUUCAAGUCGCAUCCUUUACGAUAUACCUUGUAAAGUUUGCCGAGAUCACUCCUCGGGAAAGCAUUACGGCAUAUUCGCAUGCGAUGGAUGCGCUGGCUUCUUUAAACGAUCGAUUAGGAGGAAUCGACAAUACGUAUGCAAGGCGAAAUCCGAAGGGGGUUGCAUGGUGGAUAAGACACAUCGGAAUCAAUGCCGAGCCUGCAGGCUGGCAAAGUGCAUUCAAGCCGGCAUGAACAAAGACGCCGUGCAACAUGAACGAGGCCCGCGGAAUUCAACAAUUCGUAGACAAAUGGCACUAUACUUUAAAGAACCUGAAAUGAUGGCCAGCUUAGUGGCGCCGUCAGCAGCUUUAGAUCUCGCUUUACCCAAAGCGCCGACCGAAUCACGCGUUCCUGUGCCUGGACCAUCGCCUCAUCCUCCCCUCACUCAUCCUGCAUAUUGCAACGCAUUGGCGAUGUCAAAGAUGCCACCGAAUAUAGCAAAUUUACAUGCAAUGCCAAUUAUCCCUCCAAUCGCCGCCGAGUCUAUGUGCGAGCAGGCAGCGAGAUUGCUGUUUUUGAACGUUCACUGGGCACGGGAUCUGGCGGCGGGCACGAAUCUUGUCAUAGAGGAUCAGCUGACGCUACUCGAAUCUUCCUGGCGCGAGCUCUUCUUACUGGCCGCGGCGCAAAUGCUACCGACUUUGGACCCCACGCCCCUGCUACCGCCUCAAGGUAUCGGGCUGGCGAUCGAGGUGACCCGUUUCCGCGAGACUCUGGCCGGUUUCAACGCCAUGAAUCUAGACCAGCAUGAGUUUGCCUGUAUUAGGGCGAUAGUGCUUUUUAAGGCCGGUCUGGACAGCGAGCCGGUGUCCAGCGGCCGCAGCACUAGCAGCUCCAAUUCACCCAGUCCCGGAAGUCGGCUUAGAGAUCCAGCCUCCGUCGCCCGGUUGAGAGAUAGUGCGCAGCUGGCGCUAGGACAGCGACUUAGUGGGGCCUCUUUUGGGGCCCUCAGAUUCGGCAAAUUGCUGUUACUGCUGCCCAGCUUGCGCUCCGUAUCCACACAUGCUAUCGAGGAACUCUUCUUCAGGCGGACCAUUGGUAUUAUCCCGAUCGAGAGGAUCAUUUGUGACAUGUACAAGGCGUCGUGAAAUCAUCCAGAAACAUCGAACAAGGAAGCUAAAGAGGAAGCGUUUGUUUGUUAUGUUUUUCUUUUAUCUAUAAAGUUGGCGUUAUUUUAUUCAAUAUUGAUGUUCUCUAUUUAUAUGAAGAGAAAAUAAGAAAGAAGAUAUAGUUUAUAUGUCUAAUUUUUUAUUUUUAUUUUAAUUACUUAUUUCUAUAUUUUAUUUUUUUCAACAAAUUAAACUAAACUAAAUGCUAUUUUCCUAAAUACUUCUCCUUUUCUUUUUAUUUAUACAGAGUUGUAUUUAAACAGAUAUCAUCGAAUACAUCCGAAAUCAAAUUUUGCUCUCUCAAAUAAGCAAAUAAAUAGCAAAUAAAUAUCCGUAUAUGCUAUAUAAAACUAUUUAUUUGUUUAUUUAAGAAAAUGAAAGUGAUUUUGAAAGUAUGACAGUCUUGAUAAUUUAGCGUACAUCUCGUUUUAUUUAUUGCUUAUAAAAUUUAUAUGAAUGUCGAGAAUAGGAUCCAUUUUCAAGAUAUUUUCAUUAUAUGCAGUGUACUAUAUAUCUGCCAUUAAUGUUACGGUAAAUCUGAUAUAUAACGACAUUAAUUUAAUUCCGUACUGUUAUUGAAAGUGUUUCUUUUUUAAUUUGUUUCAUUUAGAAUAAUUAAUCUUUUUAUUUAGAAUAAUUAAUACGUUAAAAACGAUAUUAAUAUUAACAACGUUAAUAUAAAUUUUAUAGGGCAUAAUUAAAAUGAUGUAUGUUGAAUUAUCAAAAUUGUCACACAAAGUACGUUACGAACGAAUGUCAUCUGUCAUGACAAAAGUAAAUCAGUAUCAAUGGGCAUGUAUCAUUAUCAUUACUAAAAAAUUAUUUAAUAUAGUAAAAAUGUAAUAUAAUAUAUAUAUAUAUUGUAUAUAUAUAAUUUGAUAUUUGUAGAUAUUGGUAUAUUUGUAAAUCUUUGCCAUAUAAGAGAUGUCAUUCAUCUUUAAAUACUUUAAAUAUAUUACAUUUUGAUAUUCAGAUUUUGUCUGCAAAUGAUCUCAGAAAUCUACUAACAGAUAUCACAGAAAAUCUGAAAUACUAUUAUUGUCUCUAAUAUAUAUCUUAUACACGAAUUUAUUUAAAAUAAUGAGAUUAUAUGCUUGUGUAUGUGAGAUAAUUAAAGAAACUCAAACUUUUCAAUACAUUAUCUAAUCACAUUAUUUAUUAAUACAAUUUCUCUCUCUCUCUCACAAAAAAAGAUUUUAAAAUAAAGUCUUUAAUUAUAAAAAUGUUGCGAAACGCGCAUGAAUAAAAGCAAACUGUGAUGAGAACAUAUCACGCCAACUUAUAGUAAACUUCAAUAUAGUAUAUGUAGAGAAAUGUAAUUUUAAUUGUAUAUUAUUAUAAUUUUUGUAUAUUAUAACAAUAAUAAUAUUAGAUUAUUAUACUUUUCCUACACAAGAUAUGUCAGAUGCAAUAAUACUGCAACAACUUUAUUAAAGAACUUCAUGCGCUUAAUUUUUGCGUAUAAUAAAAAAAUGUAUAAAUUUUAUCUAGAUUAAUGCACAUUGAUGUACAUUAAAGUUUACAAAUUGAUAUAAACAUAACAUAUAUAAACAAUUGGAAAAUUUGAAAAUAUGGAACAUAAUUUAUCAUAAUUAUUUGGAAAAAUGAGUUAAGUAUUUCAUCACAAAAUAUGUGUUGCUGUAACUUUCAUUUUGAUUUAUAAUAUAGAUAAAAAUCUUUUUAGGAUAAAUUUUAAUCUACAUCAAUGCGCAUUAAUAAUGCUGUUAAUCUAAUUUGCUAUCAGAUAAGAAAGAGAAAAAAAAAUAUAAAGCUACGAUUAUACAAAUAUGAAAAAUAUGUAACA